AUGUCUAUACGUCGCUCUCUUCGCUCUCGUCCAGUGCGGAAUGAUCCAUCGAGCAUUGAUUCUGACAUGAGUCCAGGGCCUACCAGAUCGACACGUGGUGUCCCAUCUGCCCCACUAGUAACAGUCACUCGGUCUGUUUCAGGCAGCGCAGAGAACCCCAUCAGAUCGCUUUUUCUGACUGUAAGGAUGCCUUCGACCAAGCUUCGCGAAGCUACCGGGGGUAGCGCACGGGGUAGCACUUCAACCAGACGCUCCCACAAUGUCUUCACUGAAAAUCCCAUCAUCACGGGACCGCGGUCUAGCCGGCCCAAGAGGAAGCUCGUAGAGGUUAGCACAAGUGAGGGGGAUGACUUAGAAGAUCAAGAGGAGGAUGAAGUUGACGAGGAUGCACCUGGCGAGGAUGACGUCGAUGCGGAUGGCGAUGCGGAUGGCGAUUUGGAAAUGGACGAUGCGCCGCCCCGACCACCGACUUCAAAAAGACACGCCAAGGGUGCUGCCACAUCAACAGGAAAGGCUGUGAAGAGCGUUGAGGAGAAGGAGAUGGAAUUGGAGGAGGAAGACGACGAAGAUGAUGAGGAGCUAUCGGAGCUGGAUACGGAUGCCGAGGGUGAGCCUGAUGACCAGGACGAGAGUGGGCUUGGCAAUGGAAAUGGAGGAGAUGAGGACCUGGAUGAAGAGGAUGAAGAAGACGAGGAGGAUGAUGACAGUGAAGAGGUCGCACCCGGAGGCGAUCUUAGCCGGUUAACCAAGCGGCAGAGAGGGACCCUCGGCAAUGACUUUUUGCAGCUUCCCAUGGAACCUCAAGUGAAGAAGCACCUAACAGCAGAGGAACGUGCUAUGCGUCGUGCUGAAAUGGCUCGAAGAAGAAAGAACCUCAGCGAGAAGCGGAACGAGGAAGAAAAGAUGGAUACGAUUAAUAGGUUAUUACGCAAGCAGGCUCCAAAACGGCGUGGUCGAAUUCCAGUUGCUGAAGCGGAAGCCAACGCCGCCGAGGCAGAGGCAGAAGAGGCAGAGAAACCAGAGCCAACGAUGGUCAGAUGGGUGAGUGGCCGCGAGGGUAGUCGUAUCGGUGUGCCUGAAGAAUGGCUCGGAACUCCUGCGGGACGCGUCUUUGGGGAAGCUCCUAACCGGCCAUCAAAGCUUGUGGAGGAGGGCGGGGAAAUGGAGCUGGGCGUUUUUGGCGGCAUUAAUCUUGUCUACGAUAUCGAAACUGGGAGGGCUAAUGAUUCGUAA